GGACCGAGCUACCCAGCGAAGCACGCUUUGCAGAUGGUAUGCAGCGCAUCGUAUGCACCGUGCGUGCAAGACUAGAUGCAAUUGCACGUACCGUAUUACCCUUAAGGAUUCCCUGACAACCCGUCAACUUUCCUGUCUACCGCUCUCUUUUCUUUCAAUCUACCAUCUACUACUUACGGAAAAUAUUGAUAGGAUAUUACUUCAGUUCCUUAAUGUCAGUUACACCCAAACUUUCAAACUUGGCUGUCGCCAUUGCACAGACGGCUUUCCGGGACCGAAGAGUUAAGCUUUCUGGGAGAUAUCGUUUGCUUUAAUAACUGUAAUUGUACCACCACACCUGCGCCCGGUUCCCCUGGUCUCUCCAAGCGGCAACUCAACAUUCGCUGCAAAACGACUAGAGUGAAAGGCCAUACGGGCGAGUAGACCGCAUCGGAUUCGAACGCAACGGAAGAACUUUCCAUGAAGACAACAGGAAACAACGCGGCAAACAGGAGGAAGACGUCUGGUGAUAGAUUAUCGAGAGAAGCCUUGGCUUUAUUGAACUCUUCCAACCUCCUUGACCGGCCGUCUGGGUCUGCGGAUGUUAAGCCUGAGCCAGACCUACCUAUUCGGGUCCCCACCAAAGGCAAAAAGGGUCUCUCAGCUCCACCAGCACCAGAGAUCCAUCCAGAUUCCUCGCAGCCCCUGCAAAAUGAGCAGCGCGGGGAAGACUUGUUCGUUCAACCAGGAGCCCGGGAAAAGAAAGGAACGAGCAGCAAGCGUCCAGAGCCGCAUGGAUCGCAGCCCGACACGGACGCUGCAUGGGACGUCAGCAAGGCCAAGAAGCACAAGUCGAGUCGUAACUCAGAAGUCGAGAACCAGAAACCGGGAGGGGGUGACAAUGCAGGUGCCGGUCCUUCAUCCGGCGACAAGGAUGGCGCUCAUGCGCCUCGUGUAAGCGGCCCCAAUGGAGAUGGCGACCCAUCAAAGAAGCGCCAGCGGCACAGCAAAAGCAAAGACCGUAGCCGCCAUGAGGGGCAGGAAAAAGAGCCAGCAACACGGUCCCUUAAUGGAGCAGACGGAGGCGCCCCCAAUAGCGUAGCCGCUGCUGACGCUGAUAGGCAUGCUGCAGGCGGUAGUGGAGCCGCUAACAAGCGCAACUCAAAGCCGCAUGCAGCUCCAGCCCAAGGCUCCGAGGCUACCGCAGCAGCGAAGGAGCCUUUGAAGGAGGCGUCCGCUCCAGCAGCUGCAGUGCCAGCGCGCGCGCAACAUGCAACCGGCCGGGCGGGUGACCCUCCUGGAGCCGCGCAAGGUGCCAAGCCCGCCAGCAGGGCCACAGACCAGGGCCAACAUGCACCGGUUGUGCCGGAGGCUGCCGCCGGGACCUCGGCUGCCGGCGCUGCUGCGCCACAGCAAGCAGCAGCGCCCAUCAACGCUGGUCGCCCCUCAGCACAACCGCUACCGCAGCACCCUGCAGUUUACCGGGGCCGCGAUGGAGGUGUAUCAGGCGCUGCCGUAUCCGCCAACCCUGCAGCUGCCCCGGCUGAGGUGCGGCGACCGGCUGCUCCGUCGGCCCGUGCACCUGCGGAGGCAGCACCUGGCCCAGCGGCAGUUGGCGGGCGACCCGUGGCGAACAACGCUUCGGGCGCUGGGGCAUCAGGGUCCUCUGGUGUUGCAGCGCAGUCCGACAGCGAGGCUGCCUCAGCUCGAGUAGCCGCUGCGGUUGCAGCGGCCGCUGCAAAGCCAUUGCCUCCUACCGGUACGACGCCGAUAAAGGUGUUCGCGCCGGUUGCAUUGCCACGCCUGGACGACAUUGGCAAGCACGAGCGGAGCGAGGUCUUUGAGCUGCAGCGGCAACUGUCAGAGCUGCGGGAGAUGUACGACGAGCUGAAGGUUACCAAGAUUCAGGAGCUGGAGAGGGUGCUGGCGGAGCAGGUCGAGUACACCGAGGAGAUGGUGCGGCAUGCGGACCAGCGGGCACGGCGCUGGCAGCAGGCUGCCGAGCGCGCGCAGCAGGAGGCGAAGGAAGCCCGCUCAGAGGAGACGGCACAGCGCAUUGCCGCGCUGGAGGCCCAGGUUGUUGAGCUCCUGAAGGAGAACAGCGAGCUGCUGCUGCGUGUGGUGCAGCGGGAAGGGGAGCUGGCGCAGAGCCAGCAGGCGUACCACGAUCUGCGGGCGGAGAUGCUACAGCUCCAAGCCGCUCGUGCCAGUGGCCACAAGGAGGGAGGCGACGGUGGCGAGGGUGACGGCGAGGGCAAAGGCUUGGCGGAUGACAAGCAGCCCGAGGACAAGGGCAAUGCGGGGGAGGCCGCCGCUGGAGACCGGGCCCCUGAAGGCGACGGCAUGGAACAGGAUCAGGCGAGGCCUUCGCCGGUGAUUAGCCUGCGGAGGAGUUUUGCCUCGCCGACCGUGACCCUGGGCACCAUGCUGCCCGCCGCGGACUCUCACAUUGGCCGCGCCGUGGCGCUGCAGUUCCCGACUCCUUCUCCUGGUGUGGCCGUGCAGUACCCGACACCGGGCAUUAACAGCAACCUCAUGCGUCUUCAGGACAUGCUGGGCAACCUCAUUUCGAUGCCCGGCUCAGGCAGUCGCAGCCGAGGGCCGGGGGUUAGCAUCGAGUGCCAGCGCAUUGUCGACAUGCUUCCCAACUGGGCCGGCAUCAGGACUCAGUCGCCGAGCAUCCGAUCAUGCCUGGCGUCGGGUCUGACACCGCAAGUGGAGCAGGGAGAGGUCACGCAAGCGGGAGCUAGCGAUGCCCAGGGGGUUACGCCAUCCGCUGCUGCGGCCCAGCAGCAGGAGCAGGCGGGGACGCUGCUGCCUUCGAGUAACGGCAGGCGCUCGUCCGGAAGCCCCAUUGACGGCAUCUGCGGUGCCGACCAGCGCAAGACCGGGGUUCCUAACUUAACAGCGGACAUUUCCUUUGCACAUGGAAUGGGCGCACCCGAGGCUUUCGCGCUGCAGGGGCAGUACACCUUUGUGGAUCUCAAUCCCGCGUCGGCGCGCAAGACGGAACGCCCUCCGAGCAUGGCAGCAGGAUUCGCCGCCGCCCUUGGUGGCGCCAUUGCAGCCGCCGAUGGCGACCGACCCCAACAGGUUGCACAGCUUACGGCCGGAAGCGGUGUGGCGCAUGAGGCUGGUAGCCCUGGGGCCAACGUCACCGGCCCGCUGCGGUUCUCGCCGUUGGGACGUGCAAAGGCACCGGUCCCCAUGUUUGCUACCGGUGGAGUAACCUGUGGACUGCCGCACAGCACGGGGGCUGGCAUGGCCGUCAUGAAUUCGGGCUCCGUGGCGAGCAACCAGGACAGCUGCACGGUCAACGGGCUGGUUGCUCGCGCCAAACUGCAUCUUGAGGGGCUGCAGCGCAGCGCCUCGGCCCUCGCGGGCCUCAGCCCCAACAAGCAGCCGGCCAACGACACGGCGCAGGUGGAUGCAGCCGUAGCCGGGGGCAGCCGCUCUCCUGUGGUGGAAAACCGCCGGCAGUCGCGCCUGUACGUGCCUAGCCCACUUGGUAGGGCCACGUCUGGGCGGCAGACGGAGCAGCAGGUUGAGCCUGUGCCGGAGAUGGAGGAGCCACCAAAGGAGGCGGAGCCUAGCCGCCCGCCGCCUCAGCGGACGCCCAUUACGGGACCCACGCCGCGCACUGCAAAGCUCGCGGUGUACGAGAAGCUGACCGACUGGCACAUCGAAGACGCGACAACCAAGCCAGAGAGGUGCAUCAUGACACACAUCCCAUCGGGCGUGUCGUUCGAACUUCGCGAGGCUAGCCUGGAGGACAUGGAGCUGGAGGCGGAGCUGUCGCUGGAGCGACCCGAGGGUCAGGCGAACGGCGCUGGCGGCAGCACGGCGGCACUGGCCAAUCAGCCGAGGCUCAUGGUAUAUACGCCCCUAAGUCUCGGCUCUGUGGAAGAGCACCUGCCGGAGUACUAUAAGGAGACACUACAGUUUCCGGAGAACCAGCGGAAGGCAUUUACCGAUCGCCUAAGAAAGGCCGUAGCCGAUGCCCUCGCGGCCAAGAAGCAAUGAUUUGCCAAGCCUCCGUGGGGCAGGAUGCUGGGCCGCAACCCUCGCUUAAGGUGGUCAAGACCAUCUACCGACAACAACAUUGCCUUACGCCAGCUUCCUUUUUUUGGCGAACGCAGGCGCGUGCCUUUGCUUGCCGUACACUUCUUUUUCCGGUUUCAUGCGCCAUUACCUUGCGCUGCAAAGGCUGGUUCAGGGAGGGCUCCCCUGGUGGCCUUGUGUCAUAAUGGACUCCUUGUAGGACAGCUACUUAGGGUUCAACUUUUCUGCGGUCUCGUAUCUUGACCGGGUGGAUGAUAUCGUAGGCUAGUUGUGAGCUGCAUGCUGUACACUAUGAAAGAGGAGGUAUUUGAAGAUCUGAUGCCAGCAACCCUGUGCGGCUUUCGCAAGUCCUAAUGGUUUUGUGAGUGGUU